AUGUCUCAGCUUCAGUUGCUCCGGAGACCUUUGUCUCCAAAGAUGGAACCUGAACCAUAUAUUCCAAAGAAAAAAUGCACUAAAGGUGCUGGUGAAAAAGAGAAAGAGCCCGAAAAAGUGCUUGGAGAUGUCGACAGCCAGCCUCCUCAGCCUGAAAAGAGCCAACCCAUUUCUUUGUGCUUUCCAGACGAUGAUGUUGGUGUCCAGGUUCCAGGCCCUGUUAACAGGAACUUUGUUAUCCCUGUCCAUUUGACUGGUCCCCCUAGUUUCCCAAUGCAAAACCGUCGUAUCCCUAUUCGGUUACAGCUUCCUACAGCGAGAGAGUACCCAUUUCAGUUAUCACCAGAUUUUGUGGUGAGCGGUGUGACUAUGGUAACCUCUCCUCUCCGUUCUGUAAUCCAGAAACCUGUCCCUAAAAAGCCAUUCAUUUCUCAUUGUAACUAUGAAGUCUUCAGUAAACAGCUGAUUGCUAAAGAGAUGAAAGGUCCAGAGAAAGUUGCCACCAUAUACUUAGAACUGAGCAAGUCUGAUAGAAAACUGGAAACUCAAGAAAAAAGUCAAAGGAUCAAAAAAGUUCAAAAGAGUAUGUGGGAUGAAGAACAGAUCGUGCAGGAUGAGGAACAGAUCAUGCUGGAUAUGGAAAAGGGAAUGAGAAAACAGAGCAUGCUCUAUGAAGCUGGAUACCAGACUGAGUUAAGUGCCAUAGAUAAGGACAGUGAAUUGGUAGACAAGGCUGAAAUGGCGGUUCUGUUCUGCAUCAUGCAUAGAAAAACUGCACUCAGUCUUAAGGCACAUUUUCUCUCUCAGGUUCCUGACCUCUUGCCUUUGUCUGAUUUCUUGUUGUACCUAAACUUGUCAUAUAAUCAUUUGGAUUGCUUUCCACCAGAGGUGUUUCAUCUUAAAUAUUUACAAGUGCUAAAGCUCCGAAAUAACCCCAUCAAAUCCAUCCCAGGGGAGAUCUCUGAUAUGAGGAAUCUUAAAUUCUUGACGAUGUCCUUCAACUUGCUGACUUCUCUCCCAACUGAGCUGUUUAUCCUGCCAAAUCUUCAGAGUCUUGACAUUUCCUACAAUGAACUCGAAUAUAUACCUAAUGAAAUACAAAAUCUCAGAAGCCUCAUCUACCUGAACUUGGAAGGAAAUCUGCUUUACUCCUUGCCUUGUGGGAUUCUGAAACUUCAGUUGAGCCGCCUGCUGGUGGAAAACAACUUCUUGCAUGCCUGUUUCUGGAAUGAGACUUUCCUGAUGCAACCUCAGCAACUUACGGACAUGGCUGCCCUGUGCUUCGUUAAGCACCAGCUGUGGAAAUUAUAUCAUCAUUUACCAGAGGAGAUUCACAAUAUCAUAAGCAACUUUACAGGCUGCGACUGCUGCCUGGGACCCUUGUACGGAAAAGGCUUUCGUUUUAUCCUCAUUUAUAGAAACGUUUAUGGAUUAAGGCUUCCUUAUCAAUUUUCAGCCUGCUCACCAGACUGCUACACAGCCUUUGUCAAGUCAGCUGUGCCCACUUGAUGGAUGGUAAUGUCGAU